ACUCCCUCUCUGUCAAUCACGUGGCUCUCAGUGGGAGGAGAGCAUAGUCAGCUGAGUGGCAGCCAUUUUGUGCGUCCGUGUCCAGUGACAGGAGAUUCCGGCGGGGCCGGCCCGGUUCUGGAGAUAUGGCGCUCCGGAUAGUGAAAGGCAGUAUUGACCGUAUGUUUGAUAAGAACUUGCAGGAUUUGGUGAGAGGUAUUCGGAACCAUAAGGAAGACGAGGCAAAAUAUAUCUCUCAUUGCAUUGAUGAAAUUAAACAAGAGCUGAAGCAGGACAACAUUGCAGUGAAGGCCAAUGCUGUCUGCAAGUUGACUUAUUUACAAAUGCUGGGCUAUGACAUCAGCUGGGCUGCGUUCAAUAUCAUUGAAGUGAUGAGCGCUUCAAAGUUUACUUUCAAGAGAAUUGGAUAUCUGGCUGCAUCACAGUGCUUUCAUGAGGCGACAGAUGUGAUCAUGCUGACUACAAACCAGAUUCGGAAGGAUCUAAGCAGCCCUAACCAGUAUGAUACUGGGGUUGCCCUGACUGGGUUAUCUUGCUUUGUCACUCCUGAUCUGGCCAGAGAUCUUGCAAAUGAUAUUAUGACACUGAUGUCCCACACCAAGCCUUACAUUAGAAAAAAAGCUGUUUUAAUCAUGUACAAAGUAUUUCUGAAGUACCCAGAAUCACUGCGUCCUGCUUUCCCACGCCUAAAAGAGAAACUGGAGGAUCCCGAUCCAGGUGUACAGUCUGCAGCAGUGAACGUUAUCUGUGAGCUGGCACGGCGAAAUCCUAAAAAUUAUUUAUCCCUUGCCCCCUUGUUCUUCAAGCUAAUGACCUCGUCCACCAACAACUGGGUCCUUAUUAAAAUAAUCAAACUGUUUGGUGCACUUACCCCUUUGGAGCCUAGACUUGGGAAGAAAUUGAUUGAACCUUUAACUAAUUUGAUACACAGCACAUCUGCAAUGUCCCUCUUGUAUGAGUGUGUGAACACUGUUAUAGCAGUUUUAAUAUCACUUUCAUCAGGAAUGCCUAACCACAGUGCCAGUAUACAGCUCUGUGUGCAGAAGUUAAGGAUUCUAAUAGAAGAUUCAGACCAGAAUUUGAAAUACCUGGGUUUAUUAGCCAUGUCAAAAAUCCUAAAAACGCAUCCCAAAUCGGUGCAGUCCCACAAAGACCUUAUCUUACAAUGUCUGGAUGACAAGGAUGAGUCAAUUAGACUGCGAGCACUUGAUCUUCUUUACGGAAUGGUAUCCAAGAAAAAUCUCAUGGAGAUUGUCAAGAAAUUGAUGAUCCAUGUGGACAAAGCAGAGGGCACUGCAUACAGGGAUGAGCUGCUCACCAAAAUUAUUGACAUCUGCAGUCAGUCAAACUACCAAUAUAUCACCAACUUUGAAUGGUAUAUAAGCAUUCUGGUGGAACUCACUCGACUGGAGGGAACACGUCAUGGUCAUUUGAUAGCUGCCCAAAUGCUGGAUGUUGCAAUUCGAGUGAAAGCUAUCAGGAGAUUUGCAGUUUCUCAGAUGGCUACCCUGCUAGACAAUGCCCACCUUUUGGCUAGUAACACUCAACGUAAUGGCAUUUGUGAGGUCUUGUAUGCAGCCGCUUGGAUCUGUGGCGAGUUCUCAGAACACCUCUUGGAGCCAAAUCAGACUUUAGAAGCUAUGUUAAGGCCAAAGGUCACCACCCUCCCAGGACAUAUCCAAGCUGUGUAUGUGCAGAAUGUAGUUAAGCUUUACUCAUGCAUACUGCAGAGCAAAGAACAGGCAGGAGACCAAGAAGCAGCUCAAGAAAUCACUCAACUCAUGAUUGACCGACUGCCCCAGUUUGUGCAAAGUGCUGACCUGGAAGUUCAAGAGAGGGCAUCAUGCAUUUUGCAGCUGAUAAAAUAUAUCCAGAAACUACAAUCUAAAGAGGUCCCGGUAGCAGAAGAAGUAAUGGCAUUGUUUGCAGGGGAACUUAACCCUGUUGCUCCUAAAGCUCAGAAAAAAGUACCAGUUCCAGAAGGACUGGACUUGGAAGCAUGGAUCAAUGAGCCACCAUCAGACAGUGAGUCUGAAGAGGAAAAACCCAAAGCCAUCUUCCAGGAUGAAAAGCAGUCUCAUGGAAAAACAUCUAGACCUGAAAUUGAUGAGGAGGAACUUGCAAGAAGGCGAGCUGCGCGUAAAGAAGAGCAAGCUAAUAACCCAUUUUAUAUAAAGGCUUCUCCAUCCCCACAAAAGCUUUACCAAGACAGUCCUGGUGUUGAACAUAUUCCCGUUGUGCAGAUUGAUCUCUCAGUUCCACUUAAAGUGCCUGGGUUGCCUAUAUCUGACCAGUAUGUGAAAUUGGAAGAGGAACGUAGGAGCAAGCAGCGUCAAGAGAAGGACAAAAAGAAAAAAAAGGAGAAAGACAAGAAAGGUAGCAAGACACGACGACACCAUUCUCUGCAUACUGAAAGUGAUGAAGAUAUCACUCCUGCCCAUCAUGUGGACAUCAUCACUGAGGAAAUGCCUGAGAAUGCAUUGCCUAGUGAUGAAGAUGAUAAAGACCCGAAUGACCCUUACAGAGCUUUGGAUAUAGAUUUGGAUAAGCCUUUAGCAGACACAGAGAAACUUCCUGUGCAAAGACAUCGGAACGCAGAGAUUCUGAAAUCCCCAGAAAACGAAACACCCACAUCAGACCAGAAAAUCAAAAAGAUGAGCAAGAAGGAAAAGAAGCAGUCAGAGGCAGAGAGAGUAAAGAAAAAGGAAAAAAAGAAAAGCAAGGAGAAAGAAGAGAAAAGCAAGCACAAGAAAUCUGUGUCCCACACCACAAAAGAAAAGGAAUCUCCACUGAAGGAAGAGGAGUUUCAAGUGGAUGAACAAGUCAAUGAAGCUCCAUCAGAGGACAUGGAUUUCUGGCUAAGCAACUCCACAUUACCCUCUCAAGCAGAGAGUCAACCUGAAGUCAACCCAACCAGAGAGGAGCCCAAAGAGGAAGACGUAGAAGGAGAGAGAGAGGAAGAGCAGGAGAAGAAAUCUCACAGACACAAGAAGAAACAUAAGAAGGAAAAAGAACUAAAGGAGGAUAAGAAAAGCAGAAAGAAAAAGCACCACCACCAUCGUCAUCAUCAAUCCCAUGAAGAAGAACACUCAGAAUCAGUACAAAAUGGAACCCUGGAAGAAGAAGAGCCUUUACCACCAAUGUCAAGUUAUUCGCUUCUAGCUGAGAGCCCUUACAUCAAAAUGAUGUGUGAUGUUCAUGGGGAUUUGCAGAAGAGCCAAGUUACAGUGUCCGUUAUCUUAGAAAAUCAGAGCCAGAAAUUCUUGAAAAACAUGGAACUUAAUGUACUUGACUCUCUCAACACUAAAAUGUUAAGGCCUGAUGGGGCAUCUGUUCAUGAUGCCAUUCCUGUUCCAUUCCAGCUUCCUCCAGGGGUCUCCAAUGAAGCCCAGUUUGCUUUUAAUGUUCAAAGUAUUGUACUCCCUCAGAAACUGAAAGGAACUCUGUCCUACAUAGUCAAGGAUGAUGAAGGAUCUGCCCAUGAAAAAAUAGAUUUUAAACUACACUUCAACUGCUCUUCUUACUUAAUUUUGACACCUUGUUACAGCGAUGCAUUUGCCAAGUUGCUAGAAUCAGGUGAUCUGAAAAUGAGCUCCCUCAAAGUGGAUUGCACUCUAUUGUUCCACCAUCUUCUAGCAAAGAUCUGCUUUUUCCAUCACUUUACAGUGGUUGAACGAGUUGACUCGUGCGCAUCAAUGUACAGUCGAUCAAUCCAGGGUCAUCAUGUCUGCCUACUGGUAAAAAAGGGUGGCAGUUCGGUAUCUAUUGAUGGGAAAUGCAGCGAUGCCUCUCUUCUCAGCAGCCUUCUCAGUGAAAUCAAAGAAACACUUUCAGGAUCUUGAGCUGGAAUAUGCCCUACUCCUUUUAACUGUAUCUGCUCCUCCUGGAAACCCUCAAAACAGAAACUGAAAAGGCCCAGAACCUUCUCCCUUUCUCCAGUUAUUUCUCUGAUCCAGGCGCAUGUUUAUGGUCUUUGCCUGUUUGUGGCAGGAGGUCCUUUUACUCUUUCACUUGAAAGCAAGACUGUUUCACUUUUUUCUUUUAAGUCUGUCAUGUCAUUUUUUUUUUAAGUUUAUGUGAGGCAAAAGAAAAGCUAUUUUAAAAGACCUUGUGAAUUUAACCCUUUUAAUGCCAGAGUGGCAGUGAAAAGAUUAAUAUUGACUUUAUUUGUCAUCCACCAUACAUAAAUUUGCUGCACUAAGCUCAUUUUAGAAUAUUCUGGCCCAACAAACAUAAUAAUUGUCAUUCUCAAUUGUACUACAGAGUGCAGCCUAGAAACAGGGUACUGCCAUUGAACCUGCAGCACCUUUUCUAGUUUUUUCUUUACUAGGAAUAAAGAGGUAGUUUAGAAUUCUUUUGAAUCAUGAUUUAAUGCUGCACAUCUAGUUUAAUCACCCCAGACAUGCACUCUUUAUUUUUCUUUUUGUUUUAUUAUUUUAUUUCCUUAUGUGGUGCAUGACAUGCUGGUAGGGUGACAGAAUUCUUUGGUUUGUUUUACCCUUUGUGCACUAUGUGGCUUGCUCUGUUUUUCCUUAUGAAGACUAAACAUUGUGCAGUAUGUCUCCUUUAGUUAUGCAUAAGUAAGACAUUCCUGUACAGUUAGAUUUCUGUGGCCACAAAACUGGAAUACCCAAACCUCAGUCUGUACCUCACUUUCAACUCUUUCACUCAGUGUGUGUCUUAUGUGAUUUAUUUUUUGUUGAUUGACCUGUUUUUUGUGCUCCUUUACAUGUACCUGAGUCUAAAUGGAAAUACCCAUAUAAAGAGGAAGUCUCUUGUGCUGUUAGUUCUGGCAUUGGUCUGCAGUGCUAUUAUAGUGGCAGUCCUACUAUUAGGUGUGUGUUUCUCUCUAUCCACAAAAUUGGUUAUUUUCCAGAAAGCUGGCAACAUGGUUUAACUGUUGGUGCCUUAUUGUAGCUCUGUAUGUUUUUCCCCAGAUGGGUUUAGUGUACAACAAUAUGUUGUUUGAAUUUAAUUUUUCAGAAACUAUGAUCCAAGGGCCUGAAAAGAAACAAACGUGCCCUAAUCUUGGGAAUUGCUAUACUGUACCAGAGAGAUGGGCAGAGAAUAUAUUGUAAUUAUACCUAUUUAUUCCCCUUUAUAAAUAUGCUUUGAAACAGGGCAUGCAAACUUAAGCAAUUGCAGUAUGAAUCCACACCUAUGUGGGAUAUUGUUGAGCUUCCAUAAACGAAGGAUGUAGAAGUCUGCAAAGCCCCUGGGAAAAACCCUCUAAGUUUUGUGGAUAUUCAGUGCCAUUAUACCCACAAUUAGUAGGGAUAAAGCAACAUUAAAGGUGUUUGGUGUAUAAAUUUCUCUUUUAAAAAUGCUAAAACCACACUCCAUUACCCAAAUGCCUAAAGAGACUGCAGUGGCACUGAAACAGAAAGCAGUCUAAAACCUGCUGCUUUGGAAGACUUCUUCUUUAAGUAAAAUGACAGGCUGUUUCAUGGGCUGUAAUAAAGCUCCAUACAUCAAAAGGAAACUUCAGAGAGCUGCGAAGGAAACUUUGCUCUGCAAACUUUUCUAGCCUUUUACAUACAUUUCUACAUGGUAUCUUGUAUGUUAUGCCCAAGUCAGACAUAUUUUACCAUGUUUCUGCUGUUGUACUACAUAUAGAGCCAACAGAAUGUGUUCUGUGUUCUUAUUAAUUUUACUUCAAAUAUAAUUUACUCCCCACCCCUCACACACCAGGAUCAUUUUCAAGUUACUUCCUGAAUUUGUGUCCAUUCUUCAUUUCUUGUUUUCCCACCACCACUUGCCUGUCAUAAUGGCAUGUACAGUAUGUAAUAUCACAAGACCCUAUGUGGUGAAUCUAGAAGUUUUGAGUUUGUAUGUGUAAUAAAAUUUGUUCUUGACAUUCCUUUGGAAAGAGGACAGAAGGGUACCACAAACGCUGCUGUAAUUGUUUCAAGAUGAUCCAUAAUAAAGUAUCAAAAUCA